AUGGGAAUCGGGGGCUACUUCAAGGCUCAGAAGCCGUCACCGACGGAGAAGCCAAACCCUGCAUCAGGGAAACAAACGAACCAACAUGCGCCGCCGUCUGUGUCCGAAACCCCAGGGUUCGAUCUAUCAAGCCGACCCAACUCGGAGCUGCAUCCGCCCACGCCCAGAUUUAGCUCCAGGCCGCAGUCAUUAUCCGGCCGGUCUGUGAGGUCGAUGGGGAGCUCCGUUUUCCUAGACGACAUCAAGCACGAGGUCAUGGUCAACUAUCUCUACCAGCAGCAAUGUUCGCACUUAUGGGUUUCUGAUGGCAGUGGUGAGAUCGAGGGUGUCCUCCUGCGCAAGGCAAGGGGGCAGUAUAUGGCCUGCCCGCCGCAACUCGGCAACUCGCCCUUUGCGCUAGCUUGUGCAGCGCUCAACGUCCAGUGCGCUAUGACUGUCAACUCCAGAGUCAUCAAGACAUUCCUACAGUGGUCACCAGAUGCCGUCGAUGUGCCUUUGAUGAAUGGCCUGCGGGUGCAGAUUCUACCCACCAUCGACGACCUCCCACGCGCGCGAAAGCACCAGUUUGCCGCCUUUGUCGCCUCAGAGGGUCUCCUUGUUGUUUGGGAUGACGAUGCGCUGCACUUGGUGCAGAGAGCCAAGGCGAUCGAGUCGGAGUUGAUGGAGCUGGUGUGGAAGGCUGGCAGCGGGGAUGAGGAGGAUGAGAAGGGUGCGCCCGUGGUAGGCGAGGCCGAAGUGGACGAGGAGAGCGGAGAGCUCAAACCGGAAAAGAGACCAGUCCAUCUGCUGAACACCUACCUGGUCAGCCUGACUCUGAUUCUCGUGACGGUUUCUCUUGGAGCAGCAUGGCGGCAGCUGGCGAUCGAGGUGUCCGUCGACGGCAAUUACAUCCGUCUCGCGCUCGUUGCCCUGGCGCCGGUCCAGAUCUUCUUCACCCUUUUCUUCGCCCAGGUUAUUGUCGGUUGUCUGGCGCAGAUCUUUGGCCCGAUUCGACAGCUCACCAUCAACUCCAAGUUCUACUCGGCGCGGCCACCGCCCAGGCUGCAGUCGGCCGUUCUCCCGCACGUUACUGUCCAGUGUCCCGUCUACAAGGAGGGUCUCGCCGCUGUGAUUGCGCCGACCGUCAAGUCUAUCAAACAAGCCAUGUCGACGUACGAACUGCAGGGAGGGUCGGCAAACAUGUUCAUCAACGACGAUGGUCUUCAGCUGAUCUCGGAGGAGGACCGGCGCGCCCGUAUCGAGUUCUACGCCGACCAUAGCAUUGGCUGGGUUGCCCGUCCCAAACACGGCGAGAACGGCUUCAAGCGCCGUGGCAAGUUCAAGAAGGCCUCCAACAUGAACUUUGCUCUCAUGAUCUCAUGCAAGGUUGAAGAUAAGCUUGCGGCGAUCGAGCGUACCCCUGACUGGUCGCAAAACGACGAGGCUCAGGCAUAUGAGCGGGCCCUGAAGGAAGUUCUCGAGGAAGACGGCCGUGCAUGGGCUGACGGCAACAUCCGCAUUGGCGACUACAUUCUUCUGAUCGAUUCGGAUACACGUGUGCCCGCCGACUGCCUGCUGGAUGCCGUGUCGGAAAUGGAGCUUUCACCCGAUGUCGGUAUCAUGCAGUUUUCGUCGGGCGUCAUGCAGGUCGUGCACACAUAUUUCGAGAACGGCAUUACCUUCUUCACCAACUUGAUCUACAGCGCCAUUCGGUACACCGUCUCUAACGGAGAUGUUGCUCCUUUUGUCGGUCACAACGCCAUCCUCCGCUGGUCCGCUAUUCAGCAAGUCUCGUACGAGGAUGAGGAUGGCUACGAAAAGUUCUGGUCUGAGAGCCACGUGUCGGAAGACUUCGACAUGUCGCUGCGUCUCCAGUGCAACGGCUACAUUAUCCGCCUUGCUGCGUGGGCUGGCGAGGGUUUCAAGGAGGGCGUGUCGCUUACCGUGUACGACGAGCUGGCGCGGUGGGAAAAGUACGCGUAUGGCUGCAACGAGCUGCUCUUCCACCCUAUCCGCCAGUGGCUUUGGAAGGGUCCUUUCACGCCUCUGUUCCGGCGCUUCCUCUUUUCCAACAUCCGGUUCACGUCCAAGAUCACCGUUAUCUCGUAUAUUGGUACCUACUACGCCAUUGGUGCCGCCUGGAUCAUGACCAGCGUCAACUACUUCUUGAUGGGCUGGUUCAACGGCUAUCUGGACAAGUACUAUGUCGACUCGUGGCAGGUCUGGUUCUCCAUUAUCAUUGUUUUCAACGGUCUCGGCAACAUUGCGCUGGCUCUCAUGCGGUACCGCGUGGGUGAGCGCAACAUUUUGUACGCGCUGUUUGAGAACUUCAAGUGGACCUUCCUGCUCGCCAUCUUCCUCGGCGGUCUGUCGCUGCACGUCUCGCAGGCUCUUCUCGCCCACAUGUUUGAAAUUGAUAUGACUUGGGGCGCUACAAGCAAGGAGGCCGAGUUCUCGAACUUCUUCAUUGAGGUUCCCAAGGUGUUGAAAAAGUUCAAAUUCUCGAUGCUCUUUGCCACCGUCUUCAUCGUCGGCAUGGUCAUUCUGGCCACGGCACCCUUCAUCCCGUACAGCUGGCACAUCACAGACUUUGUCGCCAUCCUUCCCAUGGCCACCGUCGCCGCAUCACACCUGCUGCUACCACUGGCUCUUAACCCCGCGCUGAUGACCUUCUCGUGGUAG